AUGCUUAUUUUCUUAGACCCUCCGUCAUACAUUGUUGCCUACAACACAAGUUCGUCAUCCAUUAAUGUUACCUGGGACUCGACUUUUUCUGGUAAGCCACCGGACGAUAACUUUACCGGCUACAGAGUGAGUUACAGAGAACACAGUUUGGACCAGGAGGUUAAUUACGUUCUGUGUUCAUCAGCGGAUUUUUACACAACAGAAUUGACCAGUUUGUAUGUGUUUACGAACUAUUGCAUCGGGAUUGCUUCAUUUACUGAAAGAAAAGUUAGUAACACAAGCCAAUGUCUCUUCAUAACAACAGAGGAAGCAGGUAAGACGAACAUUAAUCCCUGUUGGAUGUUCGCUGAGAGAAUACUUCGAACUGGACGUAUUUUUCAAAGCUAUAAAGUAUGCAGCGAUCGGUUACAUAUACAUUUCACAAUUUGGCCCAACCGAAACCUAAAUGUAAUAAGCAAAUUCAAAACCAAUGAUCGAUAAAGCGAAAGACUAUGAAAGCUGUCGAGUUCUACAGAACGUUUCGUUCCUAUAUUAACUAUAUUUUUAACAAGUCAGAGAGCUUAUCCCUGCUUAUGUUAAUUUCCUAAGCUUGCACACAGUUUAUUCAAACCGAACGUCUCUAAGGACGCUAAGUAUUUUGCACUAUAAACGCUACUUCAUUGGUGGAUCUCAGUGUUUUUAAGAGAGAAUGAGCUAAGAGAGCGAAUCUCUGAGCCCAAUUAUAAUUAUAUAUCUUUGACUGUUGUUUUCGUAACCAAGCCGCCUACUUUGCCACAGUUCAUUCUUUGUUGGCGUUUUUCUAUAGUUAAUUGGCCCUUUUGUUUACAGAAUACUGCCCAGUCCACUCAACAAACAAAUGAUUAGCGAAUUGUUAGAAUGAAAGAAACCUUUAAAAAGUUAAUCUCUAAAUAAAAGGAUUUUUCUUUUAAAUGAAACAGCUGACUCAUGUACUUAACGCCCUCUGACCUUGUCUGAUUCAUCGAGAUCUAGUUCUUCUUACAGAGUUGUUAUUCCGUCUGUAAAUGAAAACAGUUUAUCCCGUUUUACGGUACUGCGUUAUGUUUUAUUCACUUAGUUCCAACUGCACCUCCUCAGAAUUUUUCCAUCUUUUCUACAAGCUCCACCACCAUAGGCGUCGCUUGGGAUCGAUUGCCAUCGGAACACAGACGAGGAGUUAUCCUUGGAUAUAAAAUAUUUUACGAAAGAAAUGCACGUAUUCAUCGCGUAUCUCGUAGCAUUGAAAGUGGAGAGCAAAUUGCAGAGGCGAACUCAGUUAGAUUGGACAUCGCAGGAUUAGAGAAAUUUACUAACUAUUGCGUUUGGGGUGUGGCAUUCAACAGAAUGGGAAUCGGUAACGAAACGCAAGUUCUUUGCAUAAGCACAGAUGAAGACGGUAGGAAAUAAACUUUCCUUGUUAGUAAUAGAAAGAUCUGAAACGAUCAAAAAUUGUUUUCCCAUUAUUUUAGAAAUCAUUAGAACCUAUUUCUCUUGCUUUGUUGUGUCACAUUUUAUCUCGAUAGAUAACCUCGUCUGGCUUCAUUCAGAACAAGAGUAAUGUCCUGUCUUAAUGGGUCUUAAUAGAAAUAACUUUUUCCUAAGUUUCUCGUAACAUUCUUUGUAGUUCCUCUUGGCUCUCCCUUAAACAUAUCGGCUAACAGUACAAGCUCCAGCACUAUCUACGUUCAGUGGGACACUAUUCCCGCGGAAUUUAUCCCUGGAAUACUUCUAGGCUUCAGAGUAUAUUACGGAAACGCUAUUGAGCCCUUGUCGCAAUACAACAACGUGACGGUAGGAACUGAUCAGUUGAGUGUUGAUCUACUGAAACUUGAAGCGUCUACAAAGUACUGUAUACAGCUGGCUGGUUUUACAAGAAUUGGAGAUGGUAACAGAAGUGCUUGCUUCUAUGUGACAACCGCGGAAAAAAGCGGUGAGUUGUGGUAGGAUUAUGUUAAUUUAUUACGCAUGAGAUGAUACGAAUGUUUCAGUGGAGGGCAGCAUUUAGAGUGACGAUGAGAGGAACAAUGAUUAUGAAGACGACCACGACGAUGCCGUGAUGACGUCAUUGAAGCCGUAAAUGAUAAAAUAUAAGUUGAUCGAACUGAAGGAAAAUGAAUGACGAAGGAGGUGUAUAUAAUAGAAAGACAAUUUACUUUACUGUGUCCCUCUUUACACCGGUGUUUUUAAUAUGAGGGUCUCAGGAAUUAGUCACGCGUUCAUCAGGUCCCCCAGUUCCUCAAAAAUGUAGGAGUGUAACGAUUCAUAUUCCUUGCGGUUCGAUUCGAUUUCGAUCAUUGCCUUUCGAUUUCGAUUAUUUCGAUUCGAUUAUGUAAAUGUUUCUUAAUUCUUAUAACAUAACGCGUAAUGUAAACAACAUGCAGGGACGGGAGGAUUCACAGUCGCUUGGUUCGUCGCCAUGUUUGAGAACCUGACAAAGAGCGUGUCGCACGUAGUUUGCCUUAUUUGGAAAUUCUCAAGGGGUGGUUGAAGGACAGCAUUUUUACCAGGCAACACAAAAUGGUGCACGAAAUGCUAUCAUCUUUGCUCGUCAAUCAUAAACGCACAAUUUAAAGCGUUCUGGAUUCCGCUUUUACAAUAUAAUGACUCACUAAGAGCACCCUGGAAAAGGUAUGCAAAAAUCGAACCAAAAUCGAAACUUGGAAGCAAAGAAUCGUGAAUCGAACCGAACGGUCAUAAGGGAGGUGAGGGGUAAGCCGUUAGCUUGAGAUUUACAUUUGCAACUAUAAUGGUAAGCCAGAGAUUAUUUUGAGGAUCUAGGAGAGGCCACUGGAGACAGUCGUUUUUGGAUUUAGGAAAGCGAGGAAGAGGAGUUACCAACUAGUACUCAUCACUUUAGCCUGAAUAUUGGAAAAUACUAAGGGAUUAGUGGAGAGGCGAUUUUAACGCCUGAUACUCAGGCCAUCAUAAAUUUAAUAUAUAGAUUUAGCCAGGGCUAAAAGCGAAGCUCCCGUUAAUAAAUUCAUAAUUCAAAUCAAACAAUAAACUUGUAAUCCUCAGAUCGGAGCACAUUCAUUUGACUUUUGAGGCAAAGGCUAAGUGAUUUUAGAGAAAAAUAGUUUGACAGUCCAAGAGUGAAACAGCUUUUACAUCGAGUUAUUAAAUAGUCUUAUUUGUAUACCCAAAAAUAGCAAUCAUGUUCGAUCACAGUAGAUUAGGCCUGGAAAACAAAUAGACCUACCUAUUCGUGUAUUGUAUUUGCAUUAGCUGUUGCAUCAAAAUGUGGCAUUCACCAGUCUCUCCAACAUUGCUCCGUUUGAGAGACUAUGAAUAAUUGGACAACCCCGAAAUAUAAUUUUAAGAAACAAACGCGCCACGAUAGUCCUUGGUGGCAGCCAAUUUACACGUUGCAUUCCUCUGUCUUAAGAGAGGCCAAAAUAAAAAAUCAGGCCGGAUUUUUUGUGUUCGACAAGUUUAGUUUACUAGUAAAUCUUGGCGACGAAUCUGGUGGCGUGUAAACCAGCCUUUUAAACAUACUUUUUCUCAUCUCGUCUCAGGUAAACAGUACUAUGAGGCCCUUUUUUUAUCAUACAGACCUCGGACAAAAUUUGUUCUUUUUUGCCCUAUUUAAACCUAUAAUUCUGCAGUUUUUCACAAUUUUGCAAGAGAAUUUACACUCAUUCAAUAUCCACGACGAUCAAAGCACGCUCUUCCUUUGCACAACAAAUUAUAGCAUUAAAUUAAAAAACGUUUUCAUGAAGAGAAUUCUAUAAUGCCGGGACUUUUCAGUUAGAAAAAUCUGGUCCUAUGUGAUAUGCAGGGUAAUAAUUAUGGGCUUUUAAUAAAAACGAUAAAAAAAUUCCCGAAAUCACUUUUGGGCCAGCCGGACGGGUCUCACUUUUGACAGGCACCAAAUUUGCAGUGCGAUUAAUAGAAUUACCAUUUCCGCUUCAACAUGAUAGAUAAAUUGUUAUGUUUAGUUUUUAUUUCCCUUUAUUAAACUGUGGAUGGUUUUGUUAUGUGUAAUCUUUAAAAGUGAGUGAUAUUUACGCGCGGCGUUUUGAGUAUUCCUGCAUGCGAUGUUUAUGUUCGACUGGGAACAAUAAAAAUUGCGACGGAGACUACUAACAAUCAAUAAAAUAAAUAUAAUUCGGUGAAACAUGUGCAGAGACAAUAAUUUUAAUUGACGAAGAGAAGUAUUGAAAGUAAAGUGUCUCUGAAAAUCAUGAGUCAGGUAAGCAUCAGCAUAUUUAUGUUUUAAGCCGGCUUCCCGGUGUUGGCUCUUUUUCAAGAUGAACUCGAGGCAAGAAAAUCGCUCAGAGCUUUCUGUUUACAGCCAAAAUCACAACUAAAUAAUCUUCGGAACCUUUUCUUUGAAUUUGUGGUCAAAAAGUGUCUAAAGGUUUUUUAAACCUGAUAGUAUUGUAGGUUAGAUCAUUGCUCGUGUAUAAACUUACGCCGCAUAAACCAUACGCUCGACUUCAGGAAACCGAAAAAAAAAAAAAAAACACACAUCAAAGACAAUAAUUGCUCAGGCUUACCAGUCGAGAUGCUGCUUCUGAAGGUCAUCAAGUGUUCCAGAAUCGCUUGAGACUUUUCAACCCUCUUACGCCUCAAGCAAGGGCCAGUGAGUAAGCUCAUUUUUGAAAACGAUGCCAUCCGAAAUCGGAUUUCCAGUGACAAGCGGUGCACUUGUCAACAAAAAGCGCAAUAAACAAACCAGUCAUGAAUUACAGAACAAUCUUGAUAGCAGCUGUAUUUCAUUUUGUACACCAAGUAGAAAUAGCCAGUUUAAAGCAUCACAAGAUGGCACAAAACUCUGUCAGCUCCAGCUAUCAGUAAGCAAGUUUCCAGACGCCUCAUAAAUUUUCCGCAUGAACUCACCUGUCAAAUUUUGACCAAUCAGAACACAAAAAUUGGACGUAGAGCGUGAUCAGCGCGUGACAGUGAGAAAAGUCAAAAGUGAUUGCCUUCCCUGCAUGUAAAUGUAAAAGCCGGUUGAAUUUUCGCGUCGAAGGUUAGUUCGAAAUCAACAUUUUAAAAGUGCGGCUCAUGAACACGACUUAUUUCAUAUGCAUUUAAAAAAAAUUGAUCUUGAGCCUGCGAUAAUUGAAAAAUAGCAACUUGUCAGCGGAUACACUCGAACUCAGUGGGUCGAUACCUGAGCCCGCGAUAGGGUCAGGCGAUACUGGUCAGCAGAAACACUAUUUUGACAGCUGUCAAUUAAUCAAAACAUGGUUGUACAAUAUCAGGUUGCAGGCUCCCAAACUAGCUAGAAAGUGUGAGAUUAAAUAUUGGUAUGCUUGUGGUGCGGACAAACGGAAGGUCGGGUGGUCGGUGUACGGUCACGUGAUUGCCGAAUUUUCUAAGAUGGAUAGAUUUUCUAAGCUAUGAGGCUUCGAACUGAGCCCGUGAUCAAAUAAAAUAUCAGCGCAAAACUUUAAACACUACUUGACCUCAAUGGAUAGACAAAUGAGCCCGCGAUACACUCAGGUGAUGAUGGUCAGCGUCUACUCUAGUUUGACAGCUGUCAAUUAACCUUCAUUAGAAUGGCGAAUAUUCGAAUUAACAGACUACGAGUGUGAGUAAGGCAUAUCCGUCCGGCAUGUAGUGUAUGUACGCUACGUCAUAACCAAAUUUUCUCGGACGGAUAGUUUACCAAAUUUUCUUACCCAUGGUGCUCCGCUGCGCGCGCGCUUCGCGCGCGCGAGGAGCUCCGGUAUGAUUUAUUUCUACUCACUUUCGUUAAUAAAAUACUUACUUUCCUUUUCUUAGUUCGCAUCAGCAUUCCACAACCACUCGUAGAAAUGUACUACAGUCCAACUGCUGUUAAAGUGACGUGGGAAAUUCUUAAUAACAAUAGGGCCAUCAGCGGAUAUAAACUUCAUAUUGUAGAAACUGGAAGGUCGCGUGAACCGCCUUUGGCCCCAUUCGAGAAAAUAAUAAAGAUACAAAAUGCCUCUCAGACGUCUUUAGUAAUUUCCAACCUUUCCAUAUUCACAAGAUAUCAGAUUCGCAUGGCAGCCUACAGUUACAAAGAAGUGGGAGAUUUCAGUUUUCCUGUUAUUGCUGGUAGGUUGUUUUUCCUUUUUUUUUUGCAUUUGCCCAUAUUCCCAUCCAGUAGAAGCCGAGUCCUGCAGUUGUUUUACCGUUCAUUCAAAAUAAUUCCUCUUUUAAAACAGGUUCCCGUUUGUUUGCUCCUCGUUUCCUCAGGAUAAACAUCUAGCUGGAUUUUUUGAAACGUUAUCGCCAAAUGGACCUUUUGUGUCAAACAGUUAUUGAGCAACCAUUGCUUUUUUCUCCUCUACGACUUUCUACCUCCUCGCUCUUUCGUUUUCUCCUUUCCCUUUCCUUCGAAUUCGUUAGUGUGAUUUUGGAGAUUAUCGGCCGAACAAACCCGCUUUUUGAGGCCUUUUUACUCAAAUGAUGGCAAAUUUCUUUAGGCUGGUUUUCAAAAACAGUCAACUAGACAUGUAAAGGGAUCUUUACUCUAACGGAUAUUUUUCAAAUAUGGUUAAUUUCCGGUGAGAUAUAUUUUGCUGUUUUUUUCUAUUUUAUAGGCCAAAAUUUGGCUAUUUCUUCUUCGUGAAACGGGUGAAAUUUCUCGUCAUUUCCUCUAGACCUGCCAAAACAACUGAGCUAACGCAACCUCAUCCCCAGGCCUUACCGGUUUCAGCCCCUUCCUUUGUCGAUAACUUGUACUUGGCUUGCUUGUCUUGCUUUUCACAUGACGUCACGAAAAUUCAAACUAAGAAACUAUCGAUUGUUCUGACUUUCUACUUUCAUGAAGUAUUACAGCACCUAAACACCUUUAUGCAAACAAAUUUUCGGCUUGAAAGGGUUCUCCGUUUUGCGAUAGAGGACGCUUGAUUUUCCAGGCUUUUGCGUGAGGCGGCAUUCAGCUGAAGGCCAGGAAAAGGUCUUAUGUAGGGUAAAAACAUUACCGAUUUUGGGAGAUUUUGCUAUCUAAACGUUCCCUGUCUGAGAAUAAACAUUACUUUUAUCUUCAUGAGUUCCUCAAGCGAAGAAUUCACGCAUUAGUAGGGGAAAUCAAAAUCAGAUGUUUCUGUUAGUUAAUGAUGGCCAUAUUUGUACCCCUGAAAGGGACACAAACAUGACGUCUCCAUACAAAGCUUUAAAAAUUUGGGUAAAAAGGUUUUUCCGAAUAUUUCGGAAACUAAAUAUUGCACAGAAAUGAUUCUUGGCAAGGCUCUUUGCAUAUUUAUCUUCUUUCAUUUCCCAGAUUCUAGACUUUCGGUAUUGAAUAGUCUGCAUUUUUAUUUUUGAUGGCGUGACAAUGAAAACAGAGAAUUGCCAGAACUGACACUGUUAUAUUGGAGGGAGCAAAACGCCAGCUGGUUAUGAAAAAUUGAAUAAAUUAUAGUAUAAAUACCAGUAUUAAUAAAAGUAUUGAUAUAAGUAUUAUUAAUUGGACAGUUAAUAGUUACGUUCAUGAAACUCAAGUCGUAUUCAAACUAAUGUACGCCAGUUUUUGGCCGUUGUUUGUUUGUCCUUUUUUUUUUUCGCUAUAGGAACUUGCGUUUGUCCUCAAUACUUUUCAGUGACCGCACGCCCUUCACCGCUGGACAAUGGUGGAUCUCGUGGGCUGACCGAACUUAUCGCUGGAAAUAUAAAAAAAUCAUGCGGCUUCUGUAAAGAGUAUGGCGAAACAGUGCUAAAUUUUUCCAAAAGCGACGAAGGAGAAUCAAGCCUUACUUUUCCUGUUUCUGUGACAACUCCGAGAGGCAGCGAAUUUAGCAAGUUUGUCGCUAUAUUAGAGGUACCUGGCGUUGUGGUCAUAAGGCGAAGAAAUCAUAAGUCCAGUCAGGGUUAUUAUGAAGAGGUCAUAACUGGCUCAUUUCUUGACAAAUGGUCGUUCUUUACUGUUUGUCUGCUGGCAAUGUACGCAGCUGGAGUGAUUCUUUGGUUUUUGGUGAGUUGAUUCCAUAUUGAAAUCCUAGCUAUGAUGACUCUUUGAAGCAGAGUAAUUUUUUCUGUCUUCGUUCUGUCCUCUGAAUGAAUCUUUCUUUGGAAGAACCGAAACCCGCAGUUAGCAUCGAUUGAAACCAAGCAAUCUAUAAUAAUAAUAAUGAUGAUGAUGAUGAUGAUGAUGAUGAUAAUGAUAAUAAUAAUAAUAAUAAUAAUAAUAAUAAUAAAAAUAAUAAUGAUGAUGAUGAUGAUAAGUAUAAUUAUGAUAAUCCCUUGUUUUACCCUCGGCAGUAUUUGUAGCACUUGUGCCAGUGGGGCCAAGCAAAUGUCUGAAACAAAUAUUUCAAAUGAAACUUAACAGGGUUAAAAAAGGCCAACUGGCAGGAGGCAAACCAGUUGGUUAUUUACAAGCGUGGCCGAGGAUUUAAACUCGGGACUACCGAGAACAAAUCCAGCUAACAGUCAGAGCGGGACUUGAACUCGGGACUGCAAUUCCAGCUCUCUAACUGCUCGGCCACCCUACCUCCACUAUUCUUAUCAUUUUAGUUCGCUAAUUCUUUAUACCAAAUGAACCUUUCUUGGGAGGAAUCGAAACCUUCAAUUAGCAUCGAUUGAUACCAAAAAGAAUUAUCAUCAUAUUCCUAUUAUUCCAUUUUAGUUGCUAAUACUUUAUACCAAGAGAUACUAGCAAGCAACUUGAAGAUUAACUGAACAUGAAUUGUUUUUAAUAAAGACACCCAUGUUUUACUCCUCGGCCAAAUUCAUAUCUCAAUGUCAACUGGAAAGAAAUAAUUAAAAUGAAACAUUGGAUAUGGCCAGAAUUUAAUUUCACGCACGCGCGGUAGCAGUGGACACUUAGAAAAAAUACCAACAGAAAACAAUGAACAUUUUACAAAGAAAUGUAAAAAAGGAAAAACAUUUGCGAUACAGCAAGCCGUGCGAUAUACCUCAACACUAGGUUGCGAUUGAGACUGAAAGGUUGAGUUAUUUAGACCUUAGUUUUGACAAACUUAAACUCGGCCUACCUUCAAAUCUCGAGCUUCCCAGAAUGGACAUAAAAAUACGAAAAAAUUACCUGCGUCUUCCAUAUGAUUCUAUUGCAAAUGGAGCACCGCCACCUCGAUUAACCUCUUUUCUUCAGUAAUUAAUGACAAUUUCGCUGGGGAACUCUCUUAGGUUGCGAUGAAAUCUUCAAGUCUUGUCUUUCUAUCGUGAGUUUUUUUGUCCACAAAAAAAGCAUAUUCUUCCUAGCCACGUUUAACGAAUUUACUACACGGCUUAAAUCCAAGACCUUCGCUCUACAAUAUCUCGGCCAAAAAUCAUCUAAAUUGUCUCCAAAACCUCUUGUUCGAAAGUUUAUUUCUUUGAGGUUUCGUCGCCAUCUUUGGUUGUUGCAAUAUUUUCGAUCAGCGGCCUUUAUUUGACGAUAACCAAAUAUGUAUUUGACCACUCGAACUUUCCGAACAUUAUGAGUCCGGGAAUCACAGUAAAAACCAGUGGUUAAAAUCAUUGUGAAACAGUCUGAAUGUAAGUCGUGCGAAAUUUGACGGGCGAGAUUUCUGAACAUGUUAAGAAUCCUUCCUUGCAGAAGGCAAAGCAUUUGUGUAGAGUGUAGAGUGAAAAAUGCGGGUUCAACGAUGAGGGCUGGGGAGGUCGACUUCAACUCGAGAGUUCCGGACUAGCACGCCUCUUCCCCUGUUUGGACAUUCUUUCAUGGUUUUUCUUCUUAUAUAAUGAUUUCUGUUUUAGGAAACUAAAGGAAAUUCUGGUGAGUUACCAAAAUGUUUCUCCAAAGGAGCCUACGAGGGAUUCUGGUGGGCCUUUAUAACCAUGACUACGGUGGGGUAAGUAGAGGACAUGUGUAAUAUUUUCCCUCUGUAAACGGGUAACAAUCUUUGAGGCGGUUUGCGUGUCAUAUUGCGUCGCCUGGCGCCAAUGAAUCUUGGUAGAGCCACCCAUGUUGGGCAGAUCGAGGGGUAGGGUUUCAAAAGAAGAGUGAUCCCAGAGGGCCGAUAUCUCUCCACGCUAAAAAGCAAAUGCACAGAAACUGGACGCAGAGAAAAUACACCAUUUGGGAGGCACCAUUGACUCACCUCCUAGUGGCAGCUCAUAGUGUGAAUAGUGAAUGGUGAAGUGAAACCCAAAACAUAUUUAUAUGCACCCCAAUGCCCACACAGGUUAUAAAAAGGGGAGGUACUCUAUUUGAAGGGCAACUACCUAACAAUGAAAAAUAAGCAGUUUGUAUUCAUUAAAAAUAAUGUUAUCAUAACAUAAUAAAUUUGUUGGAUUUAAUUGUCUCACACCACAGGCGGACCGCUGUGUGGCCGUUCUUGUUAUGAAAAUUUGAGCAUCCCAGUAUCAAUCUCGAUACUAAUUAGAAUAAAUACAGAUGAACAUUACGGUGGCUUCAAUUUACUCCAAAAUACAGAUUUGAGCUUAAAUUUCCAAGAGAAAUUCAAACAAAAUGCCAACUAAUAGUCACAUGUCAUGUUUAAAGCGUUAUUUAGUUCUAUCUGUGCUAACACCUUUGUUAUCUUCUGUAGUUAUGGUGAUCGCUGCCCGAAAUCCAACCUUGCUAAAGCUUUUGCCAUUGUAUGGCUUCUUUCCAGUGUCGUACUUUUGUCACUACUGAUGGGUGAAAUAUCCGCAGCUUUGACUGUUAUGGUGAUUCAAACAGAAGCAGGAGGUCCUAUGGGUGGUGGAAAUAAGGUUACUAGCCGUAUUAAAUACAAUUUUAACGUUAUAAAAAUAACGCACCAUAACUCAAUUCAAAUUGAGUUUGGGAAUGUAAAACCUAAAAGUACAAAAUAUUUAACACAUUCACAGUGUCCGUAAAACCUUAGCAAAGAAGCUGCAGCUGCAUACCCGCCUCGGUCAGAGGAAAUCUUAACAAUAAAGACGAAUCAUCUAGUGAACCAUGACUGCGAAGUCAGCAGAGAGGAAACCUAGCACAGCCAUCAAGCUAUUAGCCUCCCUCGCAGACGUUCUUAAGGGGUUCGUCACGCGUUCCUGCCCGACUAAUGUCUGCUGAAGCGAAAGAUAAAUUCCUUUCCCAUUGUUCGCAAAUAUCAGCUGGAGAUCGCAUGCAGAUUAUCAGAGAUCUAAUCGGCGAUAUUGAAGUCAAAGUGUUGACAAGCCAAACACAUACGUACAAGCUAGGUAGAGUGUCAUAUGUGAGUAAAGAUUUUUGCUCCAGACAAGAAUCUAGGAGAUAUGCGUUGGCUUUUUGUAUAUUUCUCUCAGUAAAGGCUGGAUUAAAUGUCAUCUGCUCAUAAAGUUGUUCUUUGGGUGAUGCAAUGACAGGGUUACCUUGUAACUGAACAAAGGCAGAAUUUUUUUCACACUUUACUGUUUUGUAGUAAAGCCGACUUCCGUUCAGCAAAUUCUUAACCUCCGAGGUAAUUUUUAUUUCAUGAGAUUGUGAGGGUAGCCUCUAGUACGAACGCUUGUGAGUUAACUGAGUAGUUUGUUCUAAAACUUUAAGGUCUUCACCUUUCAUGAGACCUUUCUGAUCUUUUCUGGAGCUAAGUCAAGUGCGAGAUUUCUCAAGGUCCAGAGUGCACUUCCCGGAUGUGGAAGUCUACUGUGAUUGGUCUUCGUUUUUUCCGCUCAAAUCAGCAGACGUUAGUGGGGAAGGAACGCGUCAGGAACCCCUAAAAACGUCUGCGUGGGAGGCUAUUAAGCUAUUAGAAAGUUUCGAUACCUUUAACACAGGGCUAACUAGAACAGAUAUCUAUUCAGAAUUUUUCAUGAACUUUAUUCCUUUUGCAACACUUGCAAAAUUUUCCAUAGUUGUGCGAAUUUUACUGACAUGGUUUUCCUCAUAUUCGCUUCGAGACAACAAUAUAUUGGGGUCGAUAUGCAUCAAAUGCUCCGAGUCUGUUACAACCUCGAGUUUAUUUGCACAACGCUAGCCAGUUGUACAUCUCAUUCUUAAAAUCUCGGCCAUGCACUCUGAUUUUAAUUGGGUACUUUGGAUUUGUAAUGAAGUUUCACUAAUUGCCCACGUUAAAAGAACUAUUUGUAAUCCUUCUUAGUAUAAGCAGCUGCAGCAUAUUAUUUACAUUUUCGAAUUGGCAGUCUGCAAAUUGGUUGCUUUUUUAUUUACAGGCAGCAGCUGUUACCAAUUCAACGGAAGAAAAGCUGGCAUUGGGACCUUUAAGUAGCAAAUUGAAGCUAAGUACGUGAGCCAUUUGGCUUCCCUGUGUGGAAUUUUGACUGGAGUGCUCACUUAGGGCGUGUUUAAAAAAGUCCAAAAUGAAAAAACAACAAAAAAAGUUUCCCCGAGAAUACACCAUCAGCUAACAUCUAACAUUGUCCAACACCAUCCAAAUCCGUUUAAGAACGUCCAGCACACCACUAUCCAUCUAACACAAUCAAACGCCAUCCUAUACCAUGCACCACCGAUCAAAAACCGUUUCAAAACCAUCCACCAAAGUCAAACGCCAUCAAAAAACGUUGCAAACCAUCCAACAGCGUUCACUACCGUCCAACCACGCAACACUGUCCGACAACAACAACCAACAACCAGCUUUAUUUGCAUGACCAUACAAGCACAUACAGUAUUGCAAAAGCUACGUUUAGGAAUCAAAAUUACAACACAGGUCAAUUAUGUUACUUUGAUAAUAAUAGGUCACGAACAUCAAAACAAGCUGAAAUAUAUUUUAUGAAUUGUAUAUUGAUAAAGCAAUUAGCUGUAAUUAGAAGAAUUCAUCAGUUCAUUGAUCAAACCGUUUAUAAGUAAUUGGGUAAUAUUUGGAAUGAGAGUCUUGACUUUAUAGUAAAAUUUAUUGCUAAUCAUAGAGUAUGUAGGACAUUGAAAAAGAAAGUGAACUUCGUCUUCUAUUACAUUGCAUCCAUAAAAAGGGCAAUGCCUAUUAUCCUGCGUAGUCUGAUUAUAUCUGCCUAUCUCUAUCAUUAGUUUGUGAUUGCUUAUUCGUAGUUUUACUAAAGCCCUUCUCCCAGCUGUCCCUGUUAUUGAGUCUAAGUAACUAGAGGAGGUAUAAUCGGUUUAAAAGAUCUAUAAAAUUCAAGUUUUUGAGAAUGUUGAAAGUCGAAUGACAUUAAAAAAGCUUGUUUGACGAGAGAUUCCUUAUCUUUAGACUGUAUACACAAAGUGUAUUUGAGAAUUUUUUGAAUGAUAGUGAUAUUUAAAGGAAAACGACCAAGCUCUGCUCUACAAGCUAUAUUAGAAGCUUUGUUGUUUACCUCCAAGUAUCGUUUACAAAAUUGAAGGUGUGCCUUCUCGAUUUGUGAGCCGUCCCAGGUCUUAAAGUCUGGUUUGGCAUACACACCCCAAGUUUCACUGUUACAAUGUAUGUUAGAAUACGGGAGAUCAUAGUAUCAAAUAUUUUACAGACGAGAGCUGCUUCUAGUUGUUUCCAAACUCGCCCAGCAAAGUCCACAAACAUCCAAUACCUUCAACACUGUUGACCACCAUCCAACACCAUCAAACAAUAUCCAGCAGCAUUCAACACCAUUCAAUAACAUCCAAAAACGUCACUGAAACCCCAUCCAAAACCGUCCAACAUUUUUCAGGAAUGUUUAACACCAUCUAACAUUAGUAUUCACCAAAUCAGUGGAUAGCAAUUUUCGCGCGUUUUGAUUGGCUCCCGUAACUCGGAAUAUCCUUCAGUUGGCUAAUCACAGUUUUGCGCCCGGAGCCAAGAUGGUGUCUCGUUUCGAGACAUUUCGUAAAGACGAAAUUUGAGCGAUAAAUGAAGCAUUCGUACAAACAAAUGCCAAGAAAGCGACGAACUUUGGCUUGUCGGUGAUUUUUACUGGUAGAACUUUGCCAUAAUGGAGGCGAUUAUGGCAGGUGCAUACUCCCUUAGGCGAUUUCUUCAAAAAAACUCAUGGUACAGAGAAACACAGCGAUAAAUGAAAAACGUAAUGGCAUCAUUACGUUGUCAUGGCGACUCCGAUUGCAAUAAAAUCCAGAUCAUAAGAAAUUGUCAUCUUUAUACAAUACAGUUGUGGUAACCUUUUUUCCAUAUCUUUACUCAUGCCGACGUAGUUAAUGCUCAAACUUGGGAGGUAUCAACCCCAAAAAAUCCAGUCGAGCCACCUUAACAACAUUUCAAAGGAAUCAAUUACGUUACUCCCAACACAGGCAGCCCAAGCUCACGUCACGUGAAAGGAUUAGAUUAAUUAUCAGCGGUGUGCGAGCCGGGACGUGACUGUUCAACGAAAGCGGUAUUGGGUUACAUGGCGGCCGUGAAUUUAUAAAGGAUUUGUAUGGGAAUCCACGUUAUAGAUUUAGGAAGAUAAAUACUCGUAGAAAUUCUCAAUAAAAAACGUCUUACCUUAUUUACAUGGUGUGUUCUUGCUUGCUGUGUGGUUAUUUUCCCGAUCCGGUGCGAUUUUAGCGAUUUUUUUCAUUUCUGAGUUUCCACUACUAAAGAGAGAGCAAGGCCGAACACUUCCAAUCUGGACAGCCCGCCGAACGAAGCCAAAAAUUCCAGGUUAAAAUAUCCCCACGGCCAAAAUUCCACCGCAGAAUCCAACUACAAAGGUUAAACUUUCAUUUCAACUUUCUAGCCACGCAAUCGCAUCCCUGCGAGCGACGCCAGGCGGCAGUUUGUUUCCCCGAUGAAACAGUAAAACGUUGGGCCAGAACCGCGUACAAAUCCACCACGACACAACGACCGUUGAAAUCGGCUUGGUAACCUCGUCACGUUGACAAACAAAGACUCACGGGGUACACUAACGCAAAUUGUCAACAUGAACCUUCCUGAAAUAAAUAUGUGUAGCAUUUUGAAGGAGUUGCCAGGGUAAUUCCCUUUGCAAAGAGGUGAUAAAAUGUUCUGUGGCCAACGAACAAUUUCCUUCUCUGAUUUCUGAUACAGCGGACAAAAAUGCUGGGUCUUGCUGUCGCAUAACCACCGUUAAACCGAAACGAUGAGCCACAGCAAAGUCAAACAACGGGGAAAAAAACAUGAAGUGGCCUUCAUCAAAGAGAUUUGGUACAGGUUGCAGCUGAAGGAAUUCGUCAAUAAGUAUGAUUUGCUUUCCUGCAAAAGGGAGAUUCUUGCAAUCAUCUGUCGCUAAUUCGUGAUGCAGAAAAUUGACAAGUUCAAACAUCCUCUGAGAGGACAUGCUCGCCUCGUCCCAGAUGAUUACAUCGAUGGCCUUUAUUCUGUCUCGUAUUAAAGAGUUCUCGCAAGAUCGAUCAAUAACUUCCCGCCAAGGCAACUCCGCAGUCGAAAGGCCGUAGUAUGAGUGCACUGUUGACGCUUCGCCACGAUCGUAUACUUGGCAAGCAAUGCCGCUAGAACAUAUGACAGCUACCUUUUUCCCACGUGCUUUCGCUGUUCCGAUUAUCGUUUUCACCACCUCGCUUUUCCCGACUCCAGCCUGGCCAGUAAUUGAUAAAUUAUGGCCUUCGGAGGCAAACUUUACUAUAGUAUUCUGGUCCUCGUUGAGCUUCACCCUAAAGUUGAAAAAUUAAGAGUGGAUGAAUGCCCGGGGGGGGGGUACUCGCAGAAAAAUUGGGUAGGGGUGUGCGGCCCGCUUCCCAAAACCCUUACCCUAUUUAUGACCAAAAUCUGCGAUUUUCCCUACCCUAUUUAUGACCUAACCAAAAAUUUGAUACCCUAUUUAUGACCUGACCCUUAAAUCAAUACCCUGUUUCAGACCUGCCUUAUAAUUAUUUCCCUAGUUCAGACCAAUGUUAAAGGCAAUGUUUAUCUGCUUUUAUUAGGUUAGGGGGACAUGAUAAGGAAAUAGCUUCUUCUAAAAAAGUGCAUUCAAGACUACAGUGCAAAAAUAGUUUCCCUAUUUAUGACCAAAAUGGCGGCAAAAUAGGCAAAAUCGAUACCCAAUUUAUGACCAAAACGGCUGAAAAACCCUACCCUUUGGGGCCGCACAUACCUAUAUAGCCCAUAUUAGUGAGUACCCCCCCGGGGGAUGAAUGUCACUUCCAUCGCUAGCUCGUAGAUUACAAAGACAACGAGGUGCCAAAAUAUCAUUCCUGAACUUGAAGAUUCAAACGCUUGAAUAAAAAAUAAACGAAAUAAACAUUAGACUUACAUGACUGAACGCUAAAGAAAUCUGUCCUGAAUUUCCAGAUGAUCACAUCGUAAUAAGAAACAAAUCUCCACGUAAUAAGAAUAAAAUCUCCAGCUCCACGUAUUUAUCCCCCUGGGUUUCCUCUGAGUUUGCAUAAACUUUCGUCACACGACACGGCGCGAUUUUGAUUGGUCGAUUGAGACAAUGCGGUAUUGUCGAUUCGACCCGAGGGGACCCAGGAUGAGAACAGAAAUUCAUGUUGACAAUUUGCGUUAGUGUACCCCGUGAGUCUUUGUUUGUCAACGUGACGAGGUUACCAAGCCGAUUUCAACGGUCGUUGUGUCGUGGUGGAUUUGUACGCGGUUCUGGCCCAACGUUUUACUGUUUCAUCGGGGAAACAAACUGCCGCCUGGCGUCGCUCGCAGGGAUGCGAUUGCGUGGCUAGAAAGUUGAAAUGAAAGUUUAACCUUUGUAGUUGGAUUCUGCGGUGGAAUUUUGGCCGUGGGGAUAUUUUAACCUGGAAUUUUUGGCUUCGUUCGGCGGGCUGUCCAGAUUGGAAGUGUUCGGCCUUGCUCUCUCUUUAGUAGUGGAAACUCAGAAAUGAAAAAAAUCGCUAAAAUCGCACCGGAUCGGGAAAAUAACCACACAGCAAGCAAGAACACACCAUGUAAAUAAGGUAAGACGUUUUUUAUUGAGAAUUUCUACGAGUAUUUAUCUUCCUAAAUCUAUAACGUGGAUUCCCAUACAAAUCCUUUAUAAAUUCACGGCCGCCAUGUAACCCAAUACCGCUUUCGUUGAACAGUCACGUCCCGGCUCGCACUCCGCUAAUAAUUAAUCUAAUCCUUUCACGUGACGUGAGCUUGGGCUGCCUGUGCUCCCAAUAGAGCUGAGUGAAGCUGCCUUACAUUUUGGAUCCAGUUUGUACUUACACCAUUCAACAACAUUCAUCGCUGUCCAAAACGUUAUCAUUUAGGAAUUAAGAUUACCUUUAUGAUAGCCACUGCAUAUCUGUUCAGUGGCUUCAGAGCCAUUUUUACAUUUUGUCAGUAAUUUUAGGUUUUUGUUUAAACUUUUAUUGGAGGCGUGUUGGCCAAUUAUCUACAUGUAUACACUUCCAUCUUUGUAUCUAUAGAGGUUCAGCCUUGGGGUCGCUUUUUUUCAGACGAGAAACGUUUGCCCAAUUUUGUCUCUCUUCACCCAGUUGUGUACAUAGAGUAUCCCUGAAAUUUGCUAGUAUCCCAUCCAGGCGGAAGAAGUUAUACUCCUAGGUUCUUGAACCUACAAAACUUAGUUAAAUUUUGUAAAAAGUUGAAGCUGGCUUUACUGUUUCCAAGUCGAUAAGAGGAUAGUGUUCAACGACAAGUCUUCGAAUAGUAGCUACACAAAUAACAGUUCUGUGCUGUACUUUAAAAUAAAAUAAAUAUCUUUUUGUCCUCCCCUUAAGGAGGGCACAAAGAGAUAAAACGGAAAACACCGUCUGUCCCCUUCAGGCUAUAAUGACAUCCCAUAUGAACGUGAUCAUUGAAGCAGCAUAGCGAGGUUUUUUCCCUUGUAGUGUCAAAGGUCGAUAAACUAUACAAGAACGUAUGAGAAAAAAACGCCGAAAAAUGUCAGAAAAAGUCAGAUGAAAGAAUUACGCAGAGAAAGUGUUAUAGGAUGAAAUGAGUACAACUGAUUCAGAUAUCCAGGUGUUUUUUCCAUUCGCAAAGUUUUUUAUGGCUUCUUUAUAAUCCGACUGUAAUUUUAUUUUCUCUCUUAGCUAGUACAUAUUCAACCGUGGAGAUGCUUGUGAAGUCGCUCAAGGAAGGCGAGGUGGACUACACUCUUUUUUUUCUAUAAGAAUAUAUUUUAUAAGAAUAUCGAGGCUGAAAUUUGCGAAAUCUUAAGAAUACUUUAAGAAUAAACUCCAGGCUGAGAUUUUGAAAAGGAUAAUUUCGUGUGGUGAAAAUCUGUAAAUACAAUACAAAUAUACGUUUUCAAUUUAUUCCUUUCUUUAAACGGCAAAACUAGCUAACUAUAUUUAACAAAACUAUAAUUGAUACCUUAAUAUAUUCUAAAACGGAAAUGUCAUAAGCUAUUAUUAAGAAUAAUACAAGAAUAUUUACAGCCUAAAAUCGGCGGAAAAAUAAGAAUAUUCAGCCUGGCCCGGGAAAACAAUAUUCUUAUAAAAAAAAAAGAGUGUAUGUGGUUGUUGACAUGUACAUCCCAGUCAAGCGGAAAGACUUGUUUAAUGGCACUUGGUUCGAAAUUGCAGCUUUUCUGGAAGCCAAUAUUAACCAUGGGGUCAUUCUACAGGGAGAUGCAUAUAAACUCGCUUCCAAACUGCAGGAGAUGAUAAGACAUGACAAUGUGCAGACCAAUUUUCUUAAAAGCAGUGAAGAUGAGGAGGUUGGGUCACAGUUAUUAAAUAAUAAUAAGCAUUAGUGAAUGAACGCUGAAUGAGAAAACAGGGAAUUCAACACGUUUUUAAUCCCUGGUCUGCAGGUUACUAAAAUGCUCUUUAUAACUAAUGCUGUUACUGUCUACAGCUCCUUGCAAACGAACGCAACAUUGUUGGAUGAUACAUGUUGCGUCCGUUUGCACACCCUGUUGCACUCUGUUGUGCAAAGUUUGAAACUCAAACUUUUGAUACACUUCACAUGAGCCCGCUUGACCGGGACCAUUUUAUGAGAUACUUCAGCCCGGUUUCCGAGAUCAGAAAAGGCCAAAGAUCCUUUCCCCCAAGAGAAACUAAGAUUUGGAACUCCUUAGAUAAAUGCCUGGAAAGCGUGAACUUUUAAGAGAUCACUUACUGUUUGAUUGACUUAAUAGUUGAGAAAAAAUAUAAAUAAAGGAGUUACCAUUGUGUAUUGUGAAAAUAACAAAAAAACACUCUUGUUUAAGAGAACCGUACAAAUCAUGUUUACAACUAAGGCCUUUUUUGUCAUUGUUCUUUUCAAUAUUUAUCCAUCUCUGAUCAGUUAAUUCAGCGGCUUAGUUUUUCUAGAUAGUUAGCGCUGAAAAAAAUGAGCAAGAGUUACAUUCCGUCAAUUAGUUUAAAUCUUCCAAUCAUGACAAGAAAUAUCUAGGUCAAUAACAUUGCGAAAAACAAAUCGGCGGCUUUGGCAGCCACACUAAAGUGGACAGAAGAUUUCGAUCACUAAUCGAAGGCAAAAUCCCCUCCCCCUUCCGUAUUUAGAAUUAUACAAAACAGAAACAUACAGAUGCCAAAUGCAAUAAAUACCAAAUGGUAUCCACAAGAGAAAAAAAUAACUACAAUGACGUCAUAAAACAGUCACAGUGUAUUAUCAACCUGUUCUAGUCUUCUUUAGAUUUACACAGUACUGAAGUCAACUUCAUCCAAUAAAUGUUAAUUUCAACCCUUUUACUAAUUUUGUUUUUAAUUAUUUUUGACAGGAAAUUAGCCAAAUGGAGUCUAAAGAGUCUCUUUUCUUUGACCCCACCAGUCCUUUCUUUGAGUACAUUCUAUUUUCUUGCCUGUGUUCCCUCGGUUUUUUGUUGGUCUGCGGUCUAUUGUAUCAAGUCCUCUACCGUAAACGUAAAUCUUCGCAAUGUAAGUGUGAUAUAUUUCUAUAAGAACACUACAUCGAUGGCUCUCGGGGGAAAUUUCACAUUUGCUUUUAGAUAUUUAACUAAUGGCCUUACGCCCGCUUUCUUCUUACACAAGUUCUACAACUCGCGGGUUUUUAUGCUUAGAACACCAGGAGUAAGAAUCUUCACCGUGUCCCCCUUCGGGGCAAGAGCGUAAAAUGAAUUACUCUACUUCUACCUAAGGGUUGAUUUCCACUGUCGCGUAAUUUUUCCUCGCGAUUAACGUACGUAAAAUUGACGUACGUAAAUGAAAUAGAGGCAAUGUAUGAAAGGCCACGCGAAGUUCAACUUUUACGUAUACGCCUGACAUUCCACACAAUUUCUCUAUUUUAUUUACGCGCGUAAGAUUUACAUCUGUACGCACGGAAAAAUUACGUUACAGUGGAAAUCCACCUUUAGGUUAUAUGCUCACACUAUAACGGAUAGCUUUUAGUGGCGUCUCGAAAAGCUAUAGUUUACAGUCAAGGAUAGCUUCGUCAUAUCCAGCGAAAUGUUCCAAGCUGCUCAAUAUUUUUGCAAGCGCAGUUUCUAACUACACGCACUGUGUUGUGGGCAAAGAUAAACCUGAUUAUGUUGCUAUAAAGACACCUGAAAAUUCCUAUGAAAUAUAUGUCUUAUCUGUCUUGUUUUUAUGGUUACCUUUGGUAAGAAAUGUUUCCAAUUUCCACUUUAUAGACUUGGGCUUUGAACCUUUAGUUUGUACUUUGUGUUGCAAUUUCAGGUCCAUACAAAGAAGACCUGGAGAGAACCCGCAGAGACCUCAAACGCUUGGUUGAUGAGUUCUAUCGCUCGAUUAGUCAGGUAUGGAGGAAGAUGGAAAAGAAACAUAAGCAAAAUCACUUGAAGCAGGUACGCGAAAAGAGAGAACAAAGAGAGAAACGGAGUAACCACUGCUAA